AUGACUGGCGACCGCGUCGAUCAAGACACGGAGCAGGACACUCUCCAAGGCAACCCCUCCUCUACAAGAUACCUUGUACCGGGAUGUCGCAAGUUGUCCUUGCAGCUCAACAGUGACCUAGCGGAGUCGACUGCAACAACGGACGAUACAUUGAAUGCACAGAACAGUGGGAGGACACUUCAAGGCUCAGUUUCAAGCCACUCCUCUCCUUCAACCGCCUCAACGAGACAAUGCAGUCUUGGACAUGGCUGCGUCCUCGAGCCGCCACAAGACUUAAAACCUGCUAUAAGGACAGACAUCGCUUUCGGCGAUGGACAGGGCACAGUGGGGUAUAUCAGCGAGUUUGGAGAACUCAUUCAGGUGAGGCGCAUGCUGGAUUUUGGUCCGAGAGGAGUAAUCUACGUUCGUCCCAACUCGGACAUCUUCGAAUUCGCCCACAUCAUACAAGGCUCCUGUCCAGGCAUCGGGCUGCGCCUGAAUAACAGAUCGGUCUUGCCUGAGAAAGAUUUCCGCCCUGUUUCGUACAUCCAUGACAGGUGGCCGAAGCUCUCAUACACCGCAGAGGAUAUUGAAGUCGAAAUGGUGUUUGCCGUUGUGGAUGGGAAGGUCGUGCAUCAAUGUGUGCUCUCUAACAGAGGCAGCGUUGAAGCCACGGUAGAUCUGGUAUUUGACCUGAGUUUUACUCUGGAUAACCCGCGAGACUUUUAUCAAGAUUCCCAAUACCGAAGCCCCACGGAGUUCCAGGGAGGGAUAUCUGUCUCAGGUAAUACCUGUAUCGUCCUCUGCGGCAAUGCUGGCGGUUAUGCCAAUUUCAGCGCCUCCCUAUACACGGACCAUGGACAUCCAGUGACACUCUUACCUGUCACUUCGAAAGAUCUGUUUGAGUCUUGCAGUGAACCAACAAGGCUGGGAGUGGGCAAAGAGGACGAGCGAACAAAUGCCAUUUACCAUCUCCUGCCCACCAAGGUUGCCCCGAGUGGGAAACGAGAGCUGACGGCUGUUUAUGACUUUAACUAUGAACGAUGGACAAGAGACCAGGUAUAUGACUUGAAAAUCAUGAGGCCACUAAGUGAUGAUUUCUAUGCAUCGCAACGCCGCCAUGAGGAAUCAUUUCUGACAGCCUACGAUAAUGCUAAAGCCAACGACGAUAGUGAGCAGGCAAACAAGCUCUUACGAGAAGGAGUUCCUGGAUACCACGUGGCCCCUGCACGAGAAGAUUUACAGCAAGGCACAUUGGAGGAUCUCGUGAUGGGAGCAAAUCGCCCCAAGGACCAGCAAUCACUUUCUCCAGAAGGCGAGGCUCGCGUCAUGUUUCAGGUCCCCUUCCACAACCUUGGAGGCGACCCCGUUUACUCUCAUCGUCUGUUUGGGAUUGAAUGGAGGUCGUGCUGGUGGUUCGAGGAUCAUGUUCCCAGAACCGAUGAUUUCUCAGACAUUCUAUGGGGAAACGCGGGCGAAGCAUAUGAGCAAGAAAUGAAGACACUUGUUGCCGACAAGUUCAAAUUGUUAAGAGCAGACCCCAAGACUCGACGAGUGGUACCCAUUGGCAUACCUGGGAAAAGAGACGGCGAUUGUGCUUACUUCUUCUGUACUGAGGACCUGCGAGAUGUGUCCAUGCUUCCUUCAGCCACUCUGUAUCAGUUCCGUUUUCUCGGGUGUAUGCAUCGGCUUCUUGUGAGCCAAGAAGGCAUCAUUGACGACUCGCUGAAAGCUUCCCUACUCUCAAGCAUUGAGAGAAUCUGCAAAGGUCAUCUAGCGUGGUGUUUUGAAGUCGCCCAAAAGACAGAGAGUGGAUUGUGGACCGACACUUACAGCGCUUCAGGUGCUAAGAAACUUCCUGAGGACGAUCAUCUUCACACCGUUACAAACUUCUUGAAACUUUUUGAUUUCUAUGUGGAGUUUCCGAUGGGCCGAUAUUUUGUUCUGGCCACCCUUAAAAACAGACUUCUACCUUGGCUGAAGGCACUUCACGAGACCCGGAACAAAAAUUCUGGCCUCUGGGAAUCGGGUCGAGAGACUGUACAAGUGUCGUGGUGGGACCCCAGUUACCGAGAGGACGAGCAAGUAUCGAUCCCCGAGUACGAUCUGUGUGAAUCUAUUCAGUAUUGGCAGGCUCUUCAUACCGUCUUCAGCAUCCUAAACGAAGUUCAGACAGAAAAUACUGAUUCUCAAACAUGUGGCGACGUUGCCAUGUGGACUGCGCUACGGUCUAUCACAAAGGAGCUUAUCGACAGUUUGGAAAGCACGGGUCUUGCGAAAGAGCUAGCCCCUUCUGCUCUUCGGGAGAAGAUCUUGGAAUGCUUCUCUUUCGAGAUCGAAAGGUUUUCUGUUGAGACGACGAUCCAAUCUGUCGAGUUCAAGAAUCACACACCGAUUUCGGGUUCGUUGGUGGAAGAAGUGAAACAUAACAAGAAGAGACUCCUGGCCAUCAAGCGCUGUGCUAAGGAGCGGCCGAGAUGGAAUUGGUAUACGGAAUCCAUGAUACUUUGCCCCAAGUUCGAUCUCGGUUUCUUUGAUACCGAUCGUCCUCCAUAUCGACUUGAUGAGUGGUCGAAUGCCGUUGAGGCGCAACAGUUUCAACUGGAGGCGUUUUGGAGGAAACCCCUCCGAUACAGCUUGGCCCUUAUUUUGGCCUCUGACAGCAAGAUUUCACUCGAUAAAUCGAAAGACCCAGCAGCAAUGGCUUCUACGUGUAUAACUGUUCUGCUGGGGUGUGUCUUGCGCAGCGGACUGAUGGCUGAAGAGAUAGACCCAAAAGACAAGAAGCCUCAGCGCAGGGUAACUUAUGGAAACCUGAUUGCAUUCUACCCAAAACAGAUUUCCACUCUCUCCGACAGUUCUAGAGAUGGCGUCACCUUCGACGAGAGACUUUGGAAAAAGGCUUACAAAGCCAUCCGGUCCAAGACGAAGGCAGGCUUGUACAACAUCACAAGUGUUGACAGAGCCAACGUGGUCGACUUGACUGAGGUGUGCGAACCAGAAUGGUUGUUUGACCCUCCAUGGUAUUUCGCGAAACAGGAGCGUUUGGCGGACAGGUCAGGCGGGGAUUAUGGGAUACCAGAUGACCUCAAAGAAACAGUACGCUCUGGAUUGGACAAUCUCAGAGACUUGAAUCAUGGCGAGGACAAUUUUCCCUAUGCCGUUUUCAACGAAGCAAUUGAUUUAUAUGAUCGGGAUAGCGACGAAUUCUUUCGAGAUGCUGACAAUGAACGGCUUGGAAGUGUCGUCGACGUGAUCAGGGCCGGCAAGCGUCAAUCGCGGAUUCAAGAAUUCAUCCCUAACGCCUGGGAGCUUCUUGAGCGCACAUCCAGGACUAGGACCAAGAAUGACGUGAAGAAGAGGCUGAUUCACGAGACGUAUUUCACCGUGAAGAUGUACAGACAUUUCCCUGGAGGGUCUGUAGAGCUCAUUUCUGACGAGAUAUCGCAGACGCACAAGUCCAUCAAUUCUUGGAUCACCGAGUUGCAUAUUGGCUUCUACAGAGUCAUUUCUGACUGGUCAGCUCCGACCGAUGAUGAUGAUUCCGAUGACGAGCAAGAUCCACGCAGUCAGUCUAUAUUCUCGGGAAAGCCAUUUCGACUGCCGGGCGACGAGACAAAUUGCAUCGAGAAAUGCGCAAUUUCUUUCCGUUUUGAUGGUGACCUUUAUGACCGAUACUGGACCUGUUAUGCCGCAGUAUAUCUUCCAGAAUGUGACACCGAAGAUCGAUGGUUUGCCGAUGUGAACUCGUUCAAUCUAAUGAGGCCUACCGGGGAAGGGAAUAGAGACACUGAACACAGCCAGCGAAAGAUCUUGGAAGCAAGGUGGUUUGAGAGAGCGACCAGGAUUCGCAAUGGACGGUACACUGCCACUGCCUAUGACACCUUUCGAGAGACGUUCGAGACGAACAAGACAACCUACUUCCGAUACGGCGAAACGGUCAAAUUUCUCCGUCACGUUCUUGAGAACCUAGAAGCGGUGCGAAAUGUUGCCGACAAGUGGGAAAACCGAGCAAAUGCACGCGAAGUUCAGCCUCGUUGGACGCGUGAUGAUGAAGCUGCGUAUGCCCUCGAGAUCUCUAUUUGGCGUCGCCGAGCCAAAGCCAAUGUUCAAAACAUGGCUGUUCUGAAGAAUCAGGUCGAGGCGAAACUGAAUCAUAUCAAACAACUCCGAGAGUGGCUUAUUGACGACUUGCAACUCAAGGAAGCACGAGUGUCCAAUCGAUCUGCGGACGAUGUGCGCAUCUUCACCUACGCCACCGUCGUCUUCUUACCUCUCAGUUUCGCGUCAAGCAUUUUCAGUAUGGGCGGAGCCCCGUCACACAGUACCGCCGUUUCGUUUGUGACUGCUGCGAUUAUCGCACUGAUUGCCACCCUUGCGUUUGUCCUCAACGCUGGAACCUUUAUGAGGGAGAUUGCAAAAUGGAAAAUGUGGGUUUUUGAUCUACCAGAUGAAGCUGGUUUUACCGAGCACUCGGAAAGCCAAUGGCGAAAAGUUGGACAGAAGUGUAAAUACUGGUUUGUGCGUUAUCCCUCCGGCCGUGUCCUCGUCGCCUGGAGAGUGGUAGGAAUGAAGGAUCGUAGAAAUAUCGCGGGCAAGCUUCUCCUGGGCAUACUCCUUCUCCCUUUGUUCGCCUUCACAUGGAUCUUCGGCUUUGUGGCGCUGAACCUCUACGACCUGAUCAAACUCAUGUUCCUCGACCUGCCUCAAUAUCCACGCAACCGCAAAAAGCAUCAGGAUCAGCUCAAAACUGCGAAAUCCGACGAGCAACUGUCAGCUACUCAGAAAGCCACCAAGGGCAAGGAGAAAGGAGGCAAGCUUUUGGUCGACGCCUCCAACAAGAAAGAAGCACAGAGACGUGCAGCGGAGAAGGCCAGGGAGAAAUGGCGACACGAAAGACUCAAGAAUUUUAUGCACAAACCACGCUUGAAGGACAUCUCGAAGCAUUUGACUGAGGGCAUGACGGUUGAAGAGGUCAGGGACGCCCACAGGCAAGAUGUCCAGAAAAGGGCGAUGGAGCUCGAAGAGCGCAGGCAAAAAUACCGUCACGCGAUAGAGAAUGUCUCUAACUUCAGCGACACCGAAGAUGAAGACGAAAAGGCAACUCAAUCGCACAGGCGGAAUAAGCGUCUGGCCCCAAUCUUCUGGAGAAGACGGCAAGAACUUGACGUCGAGGCCGUGGGACAUGGAGAUUGA